AUGUGCCUCAAAAGUGUACCUUUUCAACUCUUCACUCGCUGGCAGCAGGGGCCUGCGAACACCAUUCUGCCUUGCCAAGAUCAGUAUUUUGUAGGAGGCCAGAGUUAUAAUUGCCCGUAUUCCACUACAACGUCAGAAUCUAGUGUUGAUGUUUCCAAGGAGACUUGGGUCUCUUUCUGGGCUGCUGGUCUCCUGGACAACGCUGAGCCCCAACAAGCACCACAGACACAGGAGGCUUCCUGCGACCUCAGUGUCCCUGGUCUGGAUUCGUGUUCAUGGGAAGAGGCUCAGCUUUCCUCUCAGCUCUACAAAAAUAAACAGCUCCAGGAUACUCUACUACAGAAGGAGGAAGAACUCGCUAGGCUACACGAAGAGAACAAUCACCUCAGACAAUACCUGAAUUCUACUUUGGUUAAAUGUCUGGAAGAAAGGGCAAAGAAAUUGCUCUCAUCAGAUGACUUCUCCAAAGUGUGUGGAAAACUCAGAAAAGAGAAGAGGAAACCCAAAGAACACAGACAUCCGCCUGCUGAGAUACCCCAGUCCAAAACUGCCAAGAGAAACCUCUCCACAGAGUUUUCUAACUGUGAAGGACAACCAGGGCCCUGUGUGGACCCCUGGGUUCUUCAAACCCUUGGGUUGAAAGACCUCAACACCAUUGAUGACACCCUUCCAGCUAACUACAGUGCCAUUGCUUCCUAUCCCAGAACAGUCCCCAGUACAUCCUCCCAAUUUCUACAUGACACAGUUGGCUUUGAAACUAUUCCUAGAGAUCUGCACCUUGACCGUGGAGAAAACAGAAUACAUGCCUCCCAUGGCAACACCAUCUAUCAGCAAGACUGGCACUGCUUUCCUAGGCUUUCCAAUCCUCCGGUAGGGGUGCAAACUCUUGCUUUCCACAGUGGAGAUGUGUCACCCAACAAGACAGAAGUGGCCUUUUCCACAUCGCUGAGCCCUCACUGCAACGUGAAAACACACUCUUUCCACCAGGGACAAGCCUUUGUGCGUCGAGAUGAGGAGGGAGGCUGGAAGUUUACCUGGGUCCCCAAGCAGCCUUAG